CUGGCGCGGCGGAGUGUUCUAGAAGGGAGGGGCGGCGACUCGGGGAGGUGGCUUCUUCUCUGUUCCCGGCCUCGCUGCAGACAUGUCGGCGGUGAAGGCGCUCAACCCGAAGGCCGAGGUGGCCCGCGCCCAGGCGGCGCUGGCGGUGAACAUCAGCGCGGCCCGGGGCCUGCAGGACGUGCUGCGGACCAAUCUGGGCCCCAAGGGCACCAUGAAGAUGCUGGUGUCUGGCGCUGGAGAGAUCAAGCUGACCAAAGAUGGCAACGUGCUGCUUCACGAAAUGCAAAUACAACACCCAACAGCCUCCUUGAUCGCAAAAGUAGCAACAGCACAGGAUGACAUCACUGGAGAUGGUACCACUUCAAAUGUUCUGAUCAUUGGAGAGCUGCUGAAGCAGGCGGAUCUCUAUAUUUCUGAGGGCUUGCACCCUAGAAUAGUCACUGAAGGAUUUGAAGCUGCAAAGGAAAAAGCACUUGAAGUUUUGGAGAAAGUCAAAGUAACCAAGGAGAUGGACAGGGAGACACUUGUGGAUGUUGCCAGAACGUCCCUGCGUACUAAAGUUCAUGCAGAACUUGCUGAUAUCUUAACAGAGGCUGUAGUAGAUGCUGUUUUGGCGAUCAGAAAACCAGAUGAGCCUAUCGACCUCUACAUGGUUGAGAUUAUGGAGAUGAAGCACAAAUCAGAAACUGAAACAGCGCUGAUUAGAGGACUUGUUUUGGACCAUGGUGCUCGUCAUCCUGACAUGAAGAAAAGAGUGGAAGAUGCUUACAUCCUUACUUGCAAUGUAUCACUAGAAUAUGAAAAAACAGAGGUGAGCUCGGGAUUCUUUUAUAAGAGUGCAGAAGAAAGAGAGAAGUUAGUAAAAGCUGAAAGAAAAUUCAUUGAAGACAGAGUGAACAAAAUCAUCGAUUUGAAAAAGCGAGUCUGUGGUGAUUCAAAUAAAGGAUUUAUUGUGAUCAAUCAAAAGGGAAUUGACCCAUUUUCCUUGGAUGCACUUGCAAAAGAAGGAAUAGUAGCUUUGCGCAGAGCAAAAAGGAGGAACAUGGAGAGAUUGACCCUUGCUUGUGGUGGUAUGGCUAUGAAUUCUGUGGAUGACAUCAAUGCUGACUGUUUGGGGCAUGCUGGUCUUGUCUACGAGUAUGUACUGGGUGAAGAGAAGUUUACCUUCAUUGAGAAAUGUGACAACCCUCGCUCUGUUACCCUGUUGAUCAGGGGGCCAAAUAAACAUACACUCAUGCAAAUCAAGGAUGCAGUAAGAGAUGGGCUACGUGCUGUCAAAAACGCUAUUGAGGAUGGAUGUGUAGUUCCAGGAGCUGGUGCAUUAGAAGUGGCAAUAGCUGAUGCUCUUGUGAAACAUAAGCCCAAUGUAAAAGGAAGAGCCCAGUUUGGAGUUCAAGCCUUUGCUGAUGCUCUGCUCAUAAUUCCUAAGGUUCUUGCUCAGAACUCUGGCUAUGACCCCCAGGAAACACUAGUGAAAGUUCUGGCCGAAUAUGCAGAAUCAGGACAACUUAUUGGAGUUGAUCUGAACACUGGUGAACCAAUGGUGCCGGCAGCAGCUGGAAUUUGGGAUAAUUAUAAUGUCAAAAAACAACUACUUCAUUCGUGCACGGUGAUCGCUAGCAACAUUCUUUUGGUUGAUGAAAUUAUGCGAGCUGGAAUGUCAUCUCUCAAAGGUUGAAUUGAAUCUGCCCUCAACUGUGAUGGUAGCCUUGAAUAGGGAGAUGCCCCUAUGAAGUAACUUCAAAAAAAAAAAAAAUACCAGCUAAAGGCAUUAUUUUCUGCAGCUUCCAAUGGAUCUUCACAGUAACAGAAGUAGCUCUCUCUUUGGAGUAAACAUGGCCACUCUCAAAUAUUAGCUUCUAAAAUCAGUUAUUUAUUUUUUUUCUUAAUUGCACUGAAAUGUACAACUUAGUCUUUUUACCCAAUAAACAGUUCUGUUCUGUG